AUGGAUUUCUCUGCUCCUACACAUCAGACCUGUGAUUCUAUCAAGGACAUUUGGGGCUCGCGAACCCCCUAUAAGGACGAAUGGCCGACCAGCUGGAAAGCUACAUACAGCAAAGACCGCCUUACCUAUCCCACGGUUAGGACGAAUGGCCGUCUCGAACGGGUUUCCUUGGACGAAGCGAUGGAAGUGAACAUCGCAAAACCCAAAGAACUGAACGGAAACACGCGGCUUUGCAGGGUGACGGCCGCCGCCUCGAUACGAGAAUCCUUCGGUUACGACAGGCAGCCUGGCUCGCACACUGAUAUCGACUACACCGAGUGCUUUUUCAUGCCUCCGGGCGAGUGCAAGUUGGACCUGGACAUAUUCCUGGAAUGCGCCAGGAGGAUGGGUUUUAAGGACAGGGACGGAAACGACUUGCUGCCGUGGAAGACGCCCGAAGAGGUGUUCGAGGCUUGGAAGAAUGCCUCUGCUGGGCGACCGUGUGACUACAUCGGCCUGACCUACGAGCUCCUGACGGGCGGGUCGGGGAUCCGGUGGCCUUGCAACGAGAGGAUCCCGCGUGGCACCGAGAGGCUGUACUCAGACGGCCCGUUCCCCACGAGCAUAGAGAGCUGUGAACGCUUCGGGCAUGACCCGAAACCGGUGCACCCUACAGCAGGGCCGACUUUCGACAGGACGCAAGGUCCACCAUUUCCACACGAGACCGAAGGACGACGCUGCAAAACGCCCUGUCCCGAGCCGGAGGUCAGAGUGUCGGAGAAGGACGCCGCAGAGGCCGGAGUGUCGGACGGCGACAUGGUGGUUGUCCGGUCCAGACGUGGCACCGUAGAGCUGCGAUGCCGCGUUGACCGCUGGGACCCGAUUUCCAAGCAGCCCAUGUUCAAAUCCGACGCGGCCCGUCUCUCGAGACUUCCUCCGUCCGCCGCCGCCACUCCCGAGGUCCCCUACAUCCGCGAGCAGCACUCGUCCGCCCUGGAGCGGGUCGGGACCUGUGGUAGAUGGAUGGAUGCGGAAAUCAACGAUCUUCGUAUCUUCUGCCACGGAGUUGAUGGUGGUUGA